AUGGAUCCCAGCACUGCCCAUGCGCUGAAUGGCGGAGAUGACGAAGACGAGGCUCUCCGUCGUGCCAUCGCCUUGUCUUUGGGUGGUGACAACUCAUCCCUAGAAGUCGAAACAGCAGGGCUACAAACAGGUUUGAGCGGCAGACGAACCUAUGCUAUUGAUCUGACCUCAGACUCACCAGAGCCUGAGUCUGUCCCCGCUCCCCAACCAGAGGCCAAGCGGCCUACAUCACCGCCGCUUGUACCCAACAGUACCCAAUCCUCUAUCUUCGGAUUGGAUCGAAAGAAGAUGGAAGAGGAACGUCUGGCAAGGCUAUUGAAAAGAAAAGCCUCUGACGCUGAGACCCAUGAAACCGAAAGACCUGCCCAAAAGGCAAGGCUGGAGAAUGAGGUUGCUCCAAAUAUCAGAGGCAGCUAUGCUAUAACUUCUUCCCGCAUCCAAAAUCUUCUAGCGGCCGAGAGGCUACCCUUUCCUGCCGGCAUUGUCAAGAGGACCUGGCUGCAAGGACAGCCAAGAUCGUCUCAAGACAUCACCAUCGAAGAGGUAUUGCAGAAAGACCAAUUGGAGCUUGCCGUUUUGAGCAGCUUCGCCUGGGACACCGAAUGGCUUUGGACCAAGGUCGACCCGACGAAAACCAAGACAACUCUGAUUGCAUUCGCCGGAAACAAAGCUGAGGAAGAAGAAGUCGCUGCCAGUGCUCAGGGUAUAGCCCGCGUUUGCUUCCCACCCAUGAAUGGAAGUGGCUGUAUGCAUUCCAAGCUUCAGCUUCUCAAGUUUCCCGGCUAUCUCCGGAUCGUGGUUCCGUCUGGCAACUUGGUGCCCUAUGAUUGGGGCGAACAGAACGGAAUCAUGGAGAAUUCUGUCUUCAUUAUCGACCUGCCUCCAUUAAAGGCCGGCGUCAAUCUGGAAGACAAUGUCUUGACCUCAUUCGGCGAAGAACUUGGCUAUUUUCUCACUGCGCAAGGAUUAAAUGAACGCAUAGUAAGCAGCCUACGCAAGUACGACUUUAGCCAAACAUCUCGAUAUGCGUUUGUGCACACAAUAGCUGGUAUACACACGGGUGACAAAUGGAGACGAACCGGAUACUGCGGUCUUGGCAGAGCGAUCCAGAAUCUUGGCCUUGCGACAGACAAACAAGUUGAGAUUGAUUAUGUUGCCUCCUCGAUGGGAUCCUUGAAGUAUGGUUAUCUAGCUGCUCUGUAUAGUGCCUUCCAAGGCGGUUCGGGACUUGAGGAUUAUCAAUCAAGAACCUCAAAGACGAAAAUGAGCAGGGAAGAUGCUGCCUCUGCACAGAAAACCAAGUUACGCGACUGCUUCCGUAUCUACUUUCCAUCUCUCGCGACAGUCGAAGCAAGCCGCGGUGGAACAAGGUCCGCCGGAACACUAUGUCUACGAUCCAACUGGUGGGAGGCCGCAACAUUCCCCCGUGAACUGUUCAGAGAUUAUGAGAACCCCCGUGGUGCACUUGUUCAUAGCAAGAUUGCCUUUGCUCGGCCCCCUGACACAUCGGCAGCCUGGGCCUAUGUUGGCAGCGCCAAUAUUUCUGAAAGUGCAUGGCAAGUCACUGUUAACUCUCGAUGCUGGACAGAGGAUAUAUUGGCCCAGAUUGGACUGGGUAAUUUGCUGGUGAAAGAUAGAGCCAGCUCUCAACCGAAGAUGAGCUGCCGCAAUUGGGAGUGUGGGGUGAUCGUGCCUGUUGGAGAACUCGCCAGCCCUGGGCGCGUACUAUCUACGGGGAUCGACCGAGGCGACACGUCAGCUGGAAAAGGCGGCUCUUUGCAUGCUCACCAAGCUCAUAUUAGUCCCCAAGACCAAAACGCAUCCGGCGGCAGAAUCCGGUCCCUGGAGGAGUUGUUCAGAGAAUGCGUGCCCUUGCCAAUGCAACUUCCCGGCAGGAGUUACGCGUCGCCACAUGGCAGCAAGGUACCGCAGCCCUGGUUCUAUGAUCGAGCGCCGCUGUCGUGA